CGUUUAUUUAACCCGCCACAAAGCUAUUUUGCGAGUUUUUCGCGACGUUUUAGAAAAUGUCUAAAAGAGACAAAGCUGCCAAUCAACUGGGAGAAUGGUACGAAAAUAAUAAGGAAAACAUAGGUCCGGCCAACAGCCAAGCGGGAGUUUCUUUGAUCAAUCAACGCUCUAGUUUGACAAUAGGCGAAUACGGGCCCAUCCCACUUGCUGAUUACAACCUUCUGGAUCAAUUGGGUCAUUUUCAUAGAGAAAGGAUUCCGGAACGGGUUGUGCACGCAAAAGGUGCCGGAGCGUUCGGUUAUUUUGAAGUAACGGAUGACAUCACACAGUACACCAGUGCCAAUGUUUUCGCGGAAAUUGGAAAACAAACUCCAAUCGCCGUCAGAUUUUCUACGGUGGCAGGAAACUUAGGAUCGGCCGAUAGCGUCAGAGAUCCAAGGGGAUUCGCUGUGAAAUUUUACGCCGAGGACGGCAUUUGGGAUUUGGUCGGUAAUAAUACACCGAUUUUUUUUAUGAGAGAUCCCAUACUGUUCCCGAUGUUUAUUCACAGUCAAAAGCGAAACCCAGUUACUCACCUGAGAGAUUGGGAUAUGUUUUGGGACUAUUUGUCUUUAACUCCAAUGAGUGCUCACCAGGUUAUGUUUCUUUUCUCCGAUAGAGGAAUACCUGACGGUUACCGGCACAUGAAUGGAUACGGAUCUCACACCUUUUCACUUAUUAACAAGGAUCAUCAAGUGACAUGGUGCAAAUUUAUUUACAAAACAGAUCAAGGAAUAAAAAACCUUCAGCCCUCAGUGGCCGAAACACUAGCGGGCAAAGAUCCUGAUUACGCUUUAAGAGACUUGUACAACGCUAUUGCUGAACAUAAUUUUCCCACGUGGACAUUUUACGUACAAGUCAUGACCGCAGAACAAGCCAGGUCGGUCGGAUUCAAUCCUUUCGAUAUCACAAAGACAUGGCCACACGCCGAGUUUCCGCUAAUCAAAGUUGGCAAACUUGUCUUAAAUCGGAACCCUACCAAUUACUAUGCCGACGUGGAGCAAAUAGCCUUCAAUCCCAAUAAUAUGCCACCGGGGAUAGGGCCAUCACUUGAUCGGUUAUUACAAGGAAGGCUUUUUUCAUAUCAGGAUUCGCACCGGUAUCGACUCGGAGUUAACUAUCAACAACUCUCGGUUAAUAGGACAUUGAAUACGGUUCAAAAUUUUCAACGAGACGGUUUUAUGGCCAUCAAUAAUCAAGGAGGUGCUCCUAACUACCAUCCCAACAGUUUCGGCGGCCCUGACGUAGAUCCGAACGUAAAAAAGGCGUACCCAAUUCCCUUCGAUAUACAAGGCAUGGAAGAUUAUUACGACAAUUUCUACGACGAAGAUAACUACGCGCAAGCUCGUGUGUUUUGGGAAAAGGUCUUGGAUAGUGCGGCGAGGAAUAGAUUGGCAGAAAAUUUGGCUGGUACAAUAAGGCUUGCGAGAGCAGAUAUUCAAGAAAGAACUUUAGCAAUGUUCGAGAAUGUUCAUACGGACCUAGGAAAGCUGUUAAAGGAGAAGAUGGGAGCAAAAGUUAUACACAUGUAA